AAAGCAUCCAUCAUCCAUCGAAAACUGUCCAUCAAAUCCUUUUAAAAUUAAAGUAUUAUAUAGAAAUUUUUAUUUCAUAGUUUGCUUUAAAGCUGCUGACGGUAGAAAUACUAUACCUUGGCGAACAUCGGAGGAUCGACCACUUCGCAUCUACCAUUCUUGUCAAACAUUAUGA